AUGGAGAUGGUCCUGCUCCAAGGGCUGCUGCUCCUUCUUCCCUUCACAGCCCUGUUGCUUUACUGGUACAGUGCCACUAUCCAGUACUUCUGUAAGGUGGCUUUCUUUAACUGCUGGAUUGCAGCCAUGGCAACCCUUCUCUCCCCCUAUGCUGCUCUUCGGGGACGCAGUGUGGAGAACAUGAAGAUCCUGUGUGCUGCUAUCCUGCCCCUCAAACGCUUCUUUGGCAUCAAGAUGCAGGUAUGGGGAUCUGAGCAUCUAAAUAUCAAGGAGCCCUACGUGAUGGUUUGCAACCACCAAGCUUCCCUUGACCUUAUGGGCAUGGUGGAGAUCAUGCCUGACCGCUGUGUGCCCAUUGCCAAGAAGGAGCUCAUGUACAUGGGCACCGUGGGAUGGGCCUGCUGGCUCAGUGGCAUUAUCUUCAUUGAUCGCCAGAAAAAAGGAGAUGCUAUUGAUGUCAUCACCCAGACUGCCAGGAUCAUGCGGCAUGAAAAUCUCCGUGUGUGGAUUUUCCCUGAAGGCACCAGGAACCAGGACAAAUCCAUGCUGCCCUUCAAGCGUGGGGCGUUCCACUUGGCAGUACAGGCCCAGGUUCCCAUUAUACCUAUUGUGAUCUCCCCGUACUGGAACUUCUUCAGCUCCAAGGAUAAGAAAUUCAUCCCUGGGACAUGCACCAUCCGAAUUCUCCCCAGGAUAGAAACCCAGGGUCUGAGCCCAGAGGAUGUCCCCAAUCUGACAGAGACCGUUCGCAAGGCCAUGACUGAUGUCCUCUCUGAGAUGUCUGCAAAUAAUUGUGAGGAUCAGCAUUCUGAGCAGCCUGCCCUUCCAUGUAGUGCUGGAGCCAACACUAUCAAGGAGAUAGGCAGUCCACAGCAUGAGGAGGACACAACUGGGACCAGCAAUGAGGCACAGAGCCCCUCAGGGGUAUAA